AUGUCCCCCUCUGCGACCGCCAUCGAACGGAGCUUCAACCCAUAUACCGAGAACGGUGGGACUAUCUUGGCCAUUGCCGGCAAAGACUUUGCUGUAAUUGCCGGAGACACCAGGCAGACAGAAGGUUAUAGCAUCCAGACGCGCUAUGCACCCAAGGUCUUUAGGCUUACCGACAAGGCCGUUCUAGCUGUCAAUGGGUUCGCCGCCGACGGAAACAUGUUUGUCAAGAAGGUCAAGCAACGUUUAGAAUGGUACCGCCACGCACAUGCGAAAGAUAUGCCCAUCAAAGCCAUUGCGCGGUUAAUACAGACUAUGCUAUACGCCCAACGCUUUUUCCCGUAUUAUGUCUACAAUAUACUCAGCGGCAUUGAGGAGGACGGCACUGGUGCCGUUUACUCGUUUGAUCCUGUUGGGUCGUAUGAGCGGGAAGCUUGUCGAGCAGCCGGAGCCGCACAGUCCCUCGUCCAACCAUUCCUGGACAACCAGGCAAGCGUCCAUCCCGACUACCUUCCGCUUCCUCACGUAUUAGGAUUGGUUACCGACAGCUUCACGGGCGCGACGGAGAGGCAUAUAGAGGUUGGUGAUGGUCUCGAAAUCUACGUGAUCCUCGCUCCCGGCCGUGCUCCCGGUGAACUGUCCAAUGUCGCGGGGUUGUCCGAGGUUACGGCCGAGACGGCAGCCGGCGAACGGGUGUUCGUAAUCAGACGCGAGCUCAAGAAGGAUUGA